CAAAGGGAGCCUGGGUCUGAAGUCAAAUGUGGCCAUGCUGAGAAGCCCGCUUCCGGCGUCUCGUUAUCUCAUCGGCGUCUAUGAGGCAAAAGCACUACCUUGAGGCUGCGGCUCGGAAACUACAAGCUAGCUGCCCGGGCCAAGCCCGUUAUCUCCUCUGGGCGUACAGUUCAUCAAACGAUGCUAAGAACACUUUUGAAGAAACAUGUCCAUACUGUUUCCAGUUGUUGGUGUUGGAUAACUCUCGAGUGCGCCUCAAACCCAAGCCCAAACUGACUCCCAAAAUACAGAAACUUCUUAACCGAGAAGCAAAAAAUUAUACACUCAGUUUUAAAGAAGCAAAAAUUGUGAAAAAGUACAAAGACUCCAAAAGCGUAUUGCUGAUUACUUGUAAAACAUGCAACAGAACAGUUAAACAUCAUGGUAAAAGUAGAAGCUUUCUGUCAUCAUUGAAGAGCAGUCCUAGCACUCCUGUGACUAAACCCAUCCUGAAGACACCAGCGAAAAAGACUCCAAGUUCUGCAAACCUAAAUCAUGACAUGUCUGGUUCCAAAGCCAAGAGCCCUGCCUCGAUUUUCAGAACACCUGCAUCUGGACAGUCAACACCCACUUUCUCUUCCUCAAAGAAUAUAAGCAAAACAAAGAAACAUUUCUCUCAACUAAAAAUGUUGCUUAGUCAUCAAGAAUCUCAAACGACUCCAAAGAUGGACUUCAGAAAUUUCUUGUCUUCUCUGUAAAGAAUGGAUUUUGAAAAUAAGAAAUGUCCUAGUGUAAUUUCUGAAACUAAAGAUAAUCAGAAAACAAUAUGUUUAAAUUUCAUUUGUUCUUUGAAUACAUGAAUAUUUAGGUCCAAGAACAAACUUUUUCUUGGUGUCCUUCAGUGUUUAUGGGGAAAAAAUACCUCAUUGGAAUGAACAGCUGAAACCUGCUUACCUCCUAGUCAGUGUUAAAAAAAUAUAUGAGAGGUCCUCGGAAGUAGUAAAGAUAUAUACAGAUAUAGAGUGGUAUUCUUAUAUUCCCCUUCCUUAAUAAGUUUUCAUUAUUUAUGUCAUUUUCUUUCUAAGGAAAUUGAGACCUUUCUGAGAGGGUCUGCGAACUUGGGAAGCUUUCUUCCGGGUAUCUAUAGCCUUACUGCUAAUUCAGAAAAAGGAUUAAGUGUAUGUGUCCUUAUGUUCCCACAAUCAUCUGUAUAACUAUCAGUAAGAGCUGAACAUUACUCCUAGUACAAAAGUAAAUAUCUGGGACAUUCUUGAUUAUAUAUGAUUUAAUAAGAUACAGAAAUUUUCAUUUUUUACAAUUUUCUUUUGUUUCUAUAGUAAUAUUUCACCUUAAGUGACAUUUUAAUUUGCUCUGGUGAAGACUUAUUUCUAGGUCUAAAAAUUAUGUCCGACCACAACAUAGUAACAGUUUUGCUAUCUUAAAUCUUUUUUGGAACAUAGAUACACUUUUAUUUUUAAUGAGAAGCUAGGGUUGUAUUCAACCUAUCUUUUAAAAAGCUCUUUAAAUAAAUGAUUUAGAUACGUUGAACUAUAAUCUGUUUCUAAGCCUCUCUGCUUCUUAAAAGUUUCAAAUUUUCUUUCUUUCUGGUUUGGCAAACUGUAGCAGACCAAGGUUAACCAGCUGGUCUUAUGUUAGUGUGAAGUGAAAUUAUGCUAACUGAUGGCCAGCACCAGAGAGGGAUGGCGAGGGUCACCAUUAUGAAUGUCUUUAGACUGUGAGCCACAGGCUGCGGGGGCCAGGCCUUACCUUCGUAUCCACAGCAUCUUGUUCAAUGUCUAGGUCAUGACAGAUGCUUUACCUUUUUGUUUAACUUCUCACAAAAACGUGUUUCUUUCAAAUUCUCUUGCUCUUCAGCUUGCUUGCCUUCUCCCUGAUCACCAGAGGUCAUAGUGAUCUCUGCUGUUCUCAGACUGUCUUAUUUUCUCUCUAGUGUUGGGCCUUUGCACAUGCUUUUCUUUUAGGACUCAUCUUCGUGAUUGCCCCCCACCCCAACCCCACAGUAUGGUGACCAUGUCAUUUCCUGUUUCUCAUUGCCUCCUCAAUUACAUGUGAGCUCUGUCAGGCUUGGGUGAUCUCACUUGUGAGCCUCAGCACCUCGUCUGUUACCCAGCACACAGCACAUGUUCUGUAAAUAUUCCUAAGCUACUACAUUUAAAUUUGAAUUCCACUGGCUCCACACCAGGUUUAGAAGUAAGGUCCUUUCUGGUCAGUGACUAGAAAGCAGAUAAAAGGUGUAGCAAAAAUAGGAACUUCUAGGUGGGGUGUUUAUCACAUUACCUUAGUUGCUAAUGAAGACGCCAUGAAUUCUUGAUUGUUUCUAGUCUGUUUGGCAGAGGGUCUUUGGACAUCUCUAAAGAGAAUAUUAGAAUUAUAGUGUGGAGCUAAAAGUGUAAAACUCUAAGAAGGAAACAGGAGUAAAUUUUCGUAACUUUGGAUUAGGCAAUGAUUUCUUAGAUAUGACACCAAAAGCACAAGCAACAAAAGAAAACAGAUAAACCAGACAUCAAAAUUUAAAACUUGUGUUUCAGUGAAUGUCAAGAAAGUGAAGACAACCUACAAAAUUAAAGAAAAUAUUUGUAGAUCAUGCAUCUAAAAAGGCACUUGUACCUAGAAUUAUAACAAAUUUUUACAACUCAAUAAUGAAAAGACAAAAAAUGGACAAAGGGUCUGAAUAGAUAGUUCUCCAAAGAAGAUAUGUAAAUGACAAACAAGCACAUGAAAAGAUGCCCAAUAUUAUUAGUCAUUAGGG